AUGUUUCGCUCCUCAGAUCUUCUUGCAUUCCUGUUCGUCGCCGUCGCCGUCAGCGGCCAACAAAUCGGUACAUUGACGCCGGAGGUUCACCCUCAACUUCAGGUGUCAACUUGCACAGCUGGAGGUGCUUUCACUGCUGCUACCAAGCCCAUCGUUAUUGACUCCAACUGGCGUUUCCUGCACAAUGUUGGCGGUAGCACCAACUGCUAUUCUGGCAACACUUGGGACACCACACUCUGCCCUGACCCGGCCACUUGCGCUGCUAACUGUGCUCUCGAUGGAGCGGACUACACCGGAACCUAUGGCAUCACGACGAGCGCAGAUGCACUCACGCUGAAGUUCGUCACCCACGGCCCCUUUUCCACCAACAUUGGGUCUCGUGUCUACCUCAUGGAUUCUGAUGACCUCUACCAAGAGUUUAACUUGCUCAACCAGGAGUUUACGUUCACCGUUGAUAUGUCCCAGUUACCAUGUGGUCUCAAUGGUGCUCUGUAUUUCACCGAGAUGGAUGCUGAUGGUGGAGUGGCGAGGUUCCCCACCAACAAGGCUGGUGCGAGAUACGGCACCGGUUACUGUGAUGCUCAAUGCCCACACGAUCUUAAGUUCAUUAAUGGAGCGGCUAACGUCGUUGACUGGACUCCGUCGCCCACCGACCCUAACAGUGGUACGGGCAUGUUUGGGACAUGCUGCUCGGAAAUGGAUAUUUGGGAGGGUAACACUAUGGGGGCUGCAUUCACCCCUCACGUCUGCAGCGUUGUUGGCCAGACUGAGUGCUCCGGUAUCGACUGUGGUGACGGCGCGGAUAGGCAGAAUGGUGUUUGCGACAAGGACGGUUGCGACUUCAACUCCUUCCGCAUGGGCAACCAGACAUUUUUUGGCCCUGAGAAAACUAUCGACACGACUCAGCCUAUCACCGUCGUUACCCAGUUCAUCACCGAUGACAACACCGCUACUGGGACGUUGACACAGAUCAAGCGUAUAUACGUUCAGAAUGGUGAGGUCAUCCAGAACUCCAACACGAACAUCCCUGGGCUUGCCACCACCAACGCCAUCAGCGAUGCCUUCUGUACCGACCAAAAGACCGUCACCGGUGACCCUAACACCUUCGAGAAGUUGGGAGGCUUACCUGUCCUCGGCAAUGCAUUCAAGAAAGGUAUGGUGCUCGUCAUGAGCUUGUGGGACGACCAUGCCGCCAACAUGCUCUGGCUCGACUCUAAUGACCCUGCUGAUGCCAAUCCCGCCACUCCUGGUAUUGCUCGCGGACUUUGUUCGACUACGUCUGGUGUACCUGCUACAAUCGAGGCACAAUCGCCCAACUCCCAGGUUAUCUUCUCUGGCAUCAAGACUGGCCCCAUCGGCAGCACCUUUACCGCUUGA